AAAGACGAGCAUUUUAUUUUGAUCAGUGUGCAGUUGUCUGUCCGUGGGAGAGGUCGCGUUUCUCUGUGCCAGUUAACCCCCACUGGAUUAGUUCUAUUAGCAAAAUGUCAGGUGAUCUGCAAACCAGAAAACGAAGAGGAAAGGCGAAAAAGAAGGCUCAUCUGGAGGCACUGCAACGGGAGGAGUAUGAACAGGAACGUCUGGUCCUCAAUACCCUGGCUUAUGAGGCAGAAGAUGAAAUCCUCAAUGGAAAGACCAAACCUGUGGUUAACAACUCGCACAAAAGCUCCGGAGGAGGGGGAGGAGGAGGAGGAAGCAGCAAUGGAAGUGGCUUGGUGGCCAAAAUCAUAUUCCUGAUUCUUCUCGUUUCAUUGUCAAUCGUGAUUGGACUCAUCUUGAUAGAACUACGAGGCAAGCAGGCUGGAAUGGAAACUGCAUCAGUGGUUCCCAAGGCUGAAGUACAACCAGAACCAGAAAUUCCUACUCCGAGCUUACAUGUUGAAGAGCCAGGUCCAGAGCCCCCAUCUGUGUCAGAACCUGAAAUAGAAGAUGACUUUGAACCCCUGGAAGCAACACCGCCUCUAGAAGAAUAUAUCAGAGUGGUAGAAAAGGAAGAGGAACCUGUUGAAGAGGAAGUGGUUGAGGUUGUAGAAGACAUUCCAGUGGAAAUUGUUGAGGAGGUAGUUGAGGAAGCAGUUGCUCCCCUAGAAGAUAGUGAAGCUGUUGAGGAAGUUGAAACAGAAGAGGAAGCUGCUCCUGUAGAGAUUGAAGAACCAGCUCCUGUAGAAGAAGCUGAAGAACCUGCACCUGUUGAAGAGACUGUUUCAGAGGAAGUGGAAUCCCCAGCUGCUGUAGAAGAAGUGGAAGAGCCAGCAGCUGUAGAGGAUGUAGAAGAGCAGGCUGUUCCAGAGGAAGUGGAAGAACCAGCAGCUAUUGAGGAGGUAGAAGAGCUGCCGCCAGUAGAAGUGGAAGAACCAGUUGCUGUUGAAGCAGAAGUACAUGCUAUUGAGGAAUUGGAAGAGCCAGCUGUUGCUGUGGAAGAAAUUGAAGAACCAGUUGUCACAGAAGAAAAACCAGCUGCUGAGGAAGAGGUAGUAGAAGAGCCAGCUGUUGCAGAAGCAUUAGUAGAAGAACCAGCUGCUACAGAAGAGGUAGUGGAAGCUCCAGCUGAUGUUGUAGAAGUGGAAGAGCCAGCUCCUGUGGAGGAAGUAGAUGAACCAGUUGCUGAAUUAGAAGAACCAGUUGUUGAAGUAGAAGAACCAGUUGCUGAAGUAGAAGAGCCAGUUGUUGAAGAAGUAGAAGAACCAGCUGGUGUACCAGAAGUAGCAGCUCCUGUAGAGGAAUCACCAGCUGUCCCAGUUGAAGAAGAACCUGUUCAAGUUGAGGAGGUGGCAGAAGAGCCAGUAAUAUCUGAAACAGUAGAGGAGGUUCAAGCUCCCUUAGAAGUCAAAGAAGAAAUUGAAGAGGAGGAGGACCCAGAAGAUGAUGAAGAUAAGGACGAUGAGGAGAUAGAUGAACCAAAAAUAGUUUUACCACCCCCAGAAGAAGAUGAUGAUGAAGACUGGUCUCAAUAUGGCAGGGAAGGUGGAGCAGAGGAUUUGGCACAAGCUUACCUACGAGUUGAAUCUUUAGCAGAGGAGGUGCUGCGCCUUGACCCUGAAAACUCUAUGGUUAACCAUGUGGCUCCUCAUUUAUCUGGGGUGCUGAAAGCAAUGGAAGAGGGACACACAGAAGGCAUCCUUGACACUCUGAAUCACAUUCAGAUUAUACUUGAAGAUGUAAAAAAUCGUAUUGGAGACUCUCAGAACACUCCUGAACCUGCUGAACCUGAGACACAAAUAGAUGUGGAUGUUCCUUCUGUAGAGGCAGAAUUAGAGGCUGCUUCUGCGCCUGUUGUAGAGGCUCCAGUUGAGACAGCUGAGCCAGUGGUAGUGGCCAUGCCUGAGUUAGUAGAUGAGGCUGUGCCUGAGCCAAUAGUAGUGGCUGUGCCUGAGCCAGUAUUAGAGGCUGAGCCUGAGUCUGAGCCAGUAUUAGAGGCUGAGCCUGAGCCUGAGCCAGUAUUAGAGGCUGAGCCUGAGUCUGAGCCAGUAUUAGAGGCUGAGCCUGAGCCUGAGCCAGUAUUAGAGGCUGAGCCUGAGUCUGAGCCAGUAUUAGAGGCUGAGCCUGAGCCUGAGCCAGUAGUAGAGGCUGUGGCCAUUCCUUCUGCUGAAGCCUUGGAACCAGUAGCUGAAGGCAAUGCUGUUUCUGAGGAAACAGAAGCUGGAGAACCUUCAGCAAAAGCAGAGGUUCCCAUUGAAAUUUCGCAUGGAGCUUCACAAUCUAUUAAUGAAGAGCACCCCAUCCCUGUGCAGGAAGAGAAGGAGCGUGCAUUCCCUGUCGACAGUGAUGUUCCCGAAGAUGUUUUGGACAAUAUUGAGGAGCAGAUAGUUCCUCAUGAAGAAGCAGCUGCUGUGGAAGAGGAGAAUAUCCCAAUUCCCCCUGUCACUGAAACUGAUACUGUCUCCUCCCCUGAAGUGGAUGAGAAGAAAGAAGGGGGGGAGCCAGUACCUGUAGAAGAAGUUAUCCCUGAUCCCAUCUACAUUCAACCUCUACAGGGAGAUAGUGAAACACCUAUUGAAGGGACUGCAGAUGCCAAAAGUAUGUAUGGAAAAGCAGAUAUAACCAGCAACGUAGAUUAUGAAAUUCGUGAAGAAUUAGAUGCUGCAGAAAAAGUUAUAUCUAAGAACCUAAGAGAAGCCCUUACUACCUUUGGGUCCAUUCUCCAAAACAACCCAAAAUCAGCAAGAGCUUUGUAUGGCCGGGCUUUAUGUUUGGACCGCCUAGCUGAAGAAGAGCGUUCUAACUCAAAAUUAGAGCAAGCCAUUGUGACCUACCGAGGUGUCAUUGAUCUCGCUGAUGAGGAUCCAAGUUUAGUGCCUCUGCCUCUUUUGCGCUUAGCAGCGGAAAAGUGCCUUGAUCGAAUGCGCUUCCGAGGGUUCUUUGGAAAAGCUGUGAGAGUCCAGCAACGACUUCUACAAAGGUUUCCAGAUGAUUUAGCUCUCAGAAACCAGAUGGGCGUAACAUAUCUUCUGAUGCACCAGCCAAGUGCAGCCAAAGAAGUUUUUGAAGCUAUACUAGAAAAGUGGCCAGAGGAUGGUUUCGCACAGGUGCACUAUGGAUUUAUUUUGAAGACCACUGACCAAAACAAUACUGGAGGAGCAGAAUAUAUGAAGAAAGGCAUUGAAAGUAAAGCCGAAGGAACCCAGGAUGGCCGCUUCUUCUUACAUCUUGGGGAUGCUUUACAGCGAGAGGGUCAGACUGAGGAAGCCUAUAAAGUAUAUGAUGAUGCUGUAGCAAAAGGCCUCUUCCUAAAUAAAUACCAGCGGUCGUUAUAUAAUGUUGAUAGACUAUCAUCACAGCCCAUUUGGACAGUAGAACAGACAACUUAUACUGAGUUCUUCCGGAAACUUGAAGCUAACUGGGAGGCAAUACGAGAUGAAGCUGUUGCACUAUUAACAGAACCACCUCAAGAUGGUUUCAGACCCGAAUCAGAAAACCUCCAAGAAAGAGGAGACUGGAAGCAGUAUGAAAUGUUUAGUCGGGGACGUAAAAUUACAGCAAAUUGUGUCAAAGCAAAAGUAACAUGUUCAUUGAUUGAUGACUUUUCACCAGCAGCAGGAUGUAAAAGAGGCCAGGUUAAAUUCAGUGUCAUGGAUCCUAACACGCAUGUUCAUGCUCACACUGGCCCCACUAAUUGUCGUCUGAGGGCCCACUUAGGUCUCGUGGUACCUUCAGGUGUGCAUAUGCGUGUUGCUGAUCAGAUGAUAGGUUGGGAAGAAGGGAAAAUCAUCAUUUUUGAUGACAGCUGGGAGCAUGAAGUUUGGCAUAAUGGAACAACUAAAAGGAUGGUGUUAAUUGUAGAUGUCUGGCAUCCUGAAUUAACUGAUCAUGAGAGAAAGUCCUUAACUCCCUUGUAAAUUUCUUGUUUACGCAUUACAUUCCUUGUGUGCCUUUAAGAUUUUAAAGGUAAUAUAAACUAGUACUGCAGUGUUUGCAGAUAUAUCAUGAUAGUACUUGAAAUACUGAUUCUGUAUGUUUCACUAAUAAGGACUUGACAUUGUAAUUGGGGUAUGAUAACAUUUCAGUAAAUAAAAGCAUUGUUAAUGGGUGUUUAAAGGUACCGUCAGCUAUGUGUACUGUUAUAAGUACAGUGUAUAUAUUGGAUCAAAGUUGUUUUUUGCAUUUUGUUACCUUGGUAUUCUAGCAUUACCAACUGAAAGGUGGUAUUUGUGAUUUUAUAGAUCUAUUUCAAUUUUUGGGUUUGCAUUAAGUUGCAAUCUUGAUCACACAGAAAUCAGUAUGCACACACAUUUGUUACUUACACAGUGGCCAGUGAUUCGCUAAAAAUGAAGAACUUAUAUCCUUGAAUGUAUGUUUGGACAAGAAAUGGCUCCCAUGUUCUGUCAUUCUAGGUUUUACUUGGUGUAUGUUUUCUGGGCUUGAGCUUUUGCAAAUUGAUACCAGUCAUAUUUCAUGGGAAGAAGCAUUUUUGAAUGGCUGUUGUUUUUUAGUUGUUUUGGAAAAUCUUCAAUAUUCUAGUCAUAGUAGGUGUAUUGAGUUACCAGUAAUUUACAUGUGAAAGUGGUUUUAGCACUACCUUGUGUCCAUCAAGAAUACACCAAAGAAAGUCUCAAGAGCAGUAUAUUAUGGUAAUGCACUUUCAUUAGCAAACUCCAUGAAGAAAAUCUACCUUCUUCACUUUUAUUUGGACUGAAAUUCCUAUUGAAGAAUGUCAGACAGGUAUCAAGCAGCUCCUCUUUUACUACAAUUCCUUACUACCCAUAUAGCCAAACUUCUUUCAAACAUCUUUUGAUUCCCCUCUGAUGUAUGGUUAACUUAUAAAUGUCAUUAUUACAUGAAAAAUUAUUACAACAUAUAACUUUAGAUUGCUUACCAUUUCAAAUAUAAAGUAUGGUUAAUUUUACAUUAAAGUGAUCAAAUCAUCAAAGUACAAUAAAAUGGAAGGUUUUUGUUUUUUAAAUCCAAGUUUGGUACCAAGAAAAAUUAAAUUUUUGAAUUAUUUCACCAACCCAUUCCAUGUAAUUAAUAAAGUGAAUGUUGGCUUCCUUUUGUAACAUAAAGAGGUUUGUAUUCAGUUUGUGGGGAUGUUGGCAGACUGUUCUUUUUAGGUAGUUUCAGAAUGGUCCUCUAUAUUGGAAACAUUUAAAGCUAGAUAGGUGAUCCCAAGGUACACGCUUUCAUCUCUCCUAAGAAACUGAACUGUUUUCAUGCCAAGGAAGCUGCUGGUCUGUGGGGCUGGAUGCCCAGCAUGAUUUUUUGAUUUCACAUCAUUAAGACAUUGUAACUCCAAUUUUUGUGAUUACCAUGAACGUAAACUGAAUAUUUUACUUGAGGAUCUGCUUUUAUGGUCAUUUCUACUAAAGAAUAAUUGGAGCAUGGAAUAGUGUUGAGGAAGCACUACCACACUUUAUUCUUCCGGUAUGUAACCAAACUCAGAACAACUUACCCUUUUUAUGAUAAAAUGUGUAGAUAGGCUUUUUAUAGACCUUUUCAUUCCUAGUUAGAUAUUUACCUGUGCUUCCAUAAUUAUAUUUAGAUUAUCCUCCUUAUAUGCUUUUAAAAAUGAAGCCCCUGUUAGCAUUACAGUUUUUGAAAACAGUUAAAAGGCUUUGGGAACCAUUUAAAAAUGUCCAACUUAUUAUCCUGAGUUCCAUUUGUGCUUGCAGCAUGUACUAUACAGGUACUCUAGUUAUUGUUUUAUCGUACAGACCUAUUUUAAAAUUUAUAUUGUCAGUGCAUGUUAAGUUGUUCAUUACCUGUGGUAUAUUUCAAGUACAAUAUGGUAAUUUGGUUGUUUUAAAUCCAUUUAUUUUUAUCCAAGUUUUGUCCAGCAGUUGAAAGUGUUGUUGCUCCAACAGUAAAUGUCAGUGAAAUGCAUAUUGUUUACACACUGAAAUUUAUAUAUACUGAAUAUCAGAAUGUUAAAAUCGUAGGCAGCUACUUCCUUCCAUUAAAGGCCAGGGAUGCUAGAGUUAAAAGACAUUUUAUAAAAAUAGGAUAAACGAUUAUGUAGAUCUACAUAACUGUGCAAGUUGGGCAAUCAGUUUUCAACGCUUGUUUUGAGUAAAAAGGAUUUACAUGCUGAAUAUUAGAGAUCAGACUGAUUGUACUCUGUCAGGGAGUUUGACAAGCCUAUUUUUUGUGCUAUAUGUAAUCUGGAGGACAUGGUAUUUACACAGUACUGCAUAGCUGUAUUAUAUCAGGAGCCUAGUCCCUUUUCUGAAGUAUUCAUAGGAGUAUGAAAUAAUUUUAAGAAGUAUCCCAAAAAAUAUGGCAUACUUUUCCUUUUCCUAUUAUUUUGCUCCAUCAUUCUUGAAGUGGCUGUAGUUAAAAGAAAAAAUAUUGAUGCAGUGAUCAUUAUUUACAAUUGGUUUGUAGGUGCUUUUUAAGGAAACUUCUAUCUUUUAGUUCACUUAGGGCUUAUUGGUGCUUUUUAUAGUUUUAUAUGUUGCAAUUUUUAUUUUAUUUUUUCAAGUUAAUCGAUGCACACAGAGGAAGCCUUGGGAGAUGCUUUACUAUUACAAUUUUCUUGUAUAAUUAUAUAAGACACUUUCCUUCAUUUGUUGUUUGGUACUGUACUAGUCGAGAUCCUCUGAAGAUCAUAGACAACUCCCUAGUGUGCCUUAAUCGUGCUCAAAUGUAACAGGAUCAGUCACUAGAGGUGAUAUAGAAAGGAUUCUGAUGCAGAGUGUCUAACUUGUAACUUUAAGUAACCCAGCUAUAUUUAUGCUAAUGGAAAAAUCUAGUGGCUGAACUGUUACAACUUGAAAGUGGAGGAAAUAACCUUUGAGAGCUUGUUUAAGUAAAGUUAUCCCUUUUAUUCUUCAGUGUGUAUAUAUUUUUUAUUUUGUGCCUGCCAGGUAGCAGUACAUUUUAUGAUAAACAGUGAAGUCAGGUUUAGCUGUUUGUAUGAAGAAAAUCCAUUUUAAAAGGUGAAGGGAGUUUUUGUUUUCCAACAGUUUUUGUGGAAGAAAAUGGGGCAUAGAGUAGAAUUUAAUUUUCAUUAUUUUAUGAUUCAAUUUUUGUUUUUAUUUUGUUAUAGAUAUAAAUUGGUGUGUAAUUCAUUUAGUCAGAUUGUAAUUUUGUCUUUAUUACUGUAUACUGUUUAUGAAUCUGCACUGAUCUAGUAAUUAUGAAAAAUAUUAGAUAUGGUAACUUUCAUUGGCCGAAACGUCAAGGAAAUUAAAAAGCUUGCACAACGGAUAAAGAGCAUAGAUUAUUUGAUACAAUGUAGAUACCCUGUAGCUUAUAUAUUUUUUUUGUGAAUGAGAAUGAUUUUUAUGAAUGGUUCCUCGUUUUGCUAAAUAAAAGGGAUAUUGUU